AUGGCGUGCCUGGUUGGCCCCGCCGCCCCUUCCCUCACGCUCCCUGCACCACCCCUCCCGGAGCCUAGCGGGGACUUCCCGGCGUGGCUGGAGGCGCAGGGCGUGAAUGCGGAGGUGGCCCGGGCCAUGGACUCGGAGCUGGGCAUCCGGGACUACGGGGUCCUCUGCUGGCCGCGGCGCGCGACCGCCUGCCCUUCGGCUUCUACGCCGUGCUGCGGCGGUUCGUGGCGGCGCUGCUGCCCGGACGACCCCCGCGCGCCGUCCAUCGGCGCCGCCGCCGGUGCCGCCGCGGUGAAGGACGCGACGCUGGUGAGCCUGGUGGAGGCGCUGCUGGCGCUGCUCGCGGGGCUGAGCCGCGAGUUCUCGGCGUGCGUGGGCCGGCUCGACGCGAUGGACAUCGGAGCCCUCGCCGCGGCCUCGAGCGCCGGCGGCGGAGAGGGCGCCCACGGCCUCGCGGCAGCCGAGGAGGGCGCGGAGGGUGGCGGCGAGCGUCCAGAUCAGUGUGGAGAGGCCCAUUCUGCGGCGUGGAAUGAACUGAAAAGAGAGACGUGUUACACGAGCCAAGGUGAAACGAGCGAGGUCCCGGUCCCGAUGUGGCCAGAGAUCAAAACGGAGCCAGUGGAUCUCGCUCAGGGGCCAAGCGCAGUGAGCAGUCGCUGCCCGACGAUCGCGUUCGUCGGAUCGGCCUGUCGGCAGACUGUGGACGACGAGCUCGCCGCACUCACGCCAGACGCAGUCGCGCUCGCGCAGCCGCGGUUGGAGGAGGAAGGGGCGGGGUGGGAGGGGGAAGGGGCGGAGUGGGAGGGGGAAGGGGGGGAGGAGGAGGUCUGCGACGAUGAGGCUGUCAUGGCCGCCACCGCCACGUUCGCGGCCGACACGCGCGUCGCUCCGGAGCAGCGGAACGACCCGGCAGAGCAUUCCGCCGCCGCCUUCGCCGCCGCCUUCGCCGGCGUCCCGGACGCCGGCAGGAACCACCGCCCGGAGCGGUCGCGGCCGUGCAAGCGCUCGUUCUGCGAGCGGCGCUUCGAGGAGCCGGCGUACCUCAAGCGGCACGAGCGCACGCACGCGGGCGAGAAGCCGCACCGCUGCGACGCGUGCGGGCGCGCCUUCGCGCGGCGCUCGGGCCUCGAGUACCACCGGCGCGUGCACACGGGCGAGCGGCCCUACGGCUGCGAGGUGUGCGGCCGCGCCUUCGCCCAGUACGGCAACCUCAAGGUGCACCGGCGCACUCACACGGGCGAGCGGCCGCACCGCUGCGACGUGUGCGGCCGCUCGUUCACGCUCUUCUCGGGCCUCAAGUACCACGCGCGCACGCACACGGGCGAGAAGCCCUACCGCUGCGACGUGUGCGGGCGCUCCUUCUCGCAGUGCUCCAACAUGAAGACGCACCAGCGCACACACCUGGCCGCGGCCGCCGCCAACACCUGCCCAUUUGAAAAGCCUAUAUUGAAACAAGGUAUUGAUGUGGUGAUUUAUUUUUUUAACAGAAGAGGCGGGGAGACCACAAUCCAAGAUAUGGAGGAUUCCAGUCCCAACUUAACAAUGAAAGAAGUUAAAAAUGAGCCUUAUGGAGACAAUGAGACGGAGACUCAAUAUCCAGAAGCGGGCGACUUUAUUCACAGUCACUCGGUGCCCGACUUAAAGAGAGAAAAGAUCGGAGAUGAACCCUUGGUCGGAGCUCACGAAGGGAUUUCCGUCCAACAUUUGGCCUCUGUGCAGGGUGAUACUGACAUUUCUGCUAUAUCGCCAGGCAUCAAUCACACACUCCAUCCUCUUGCCGAGGUCGCUGGCAUCCAUAACUCGGUGCCAGACGUUCCUUCGAACGCCGGGCACGGGCCAUCCGCUGCAGGGCCACCUGCCCCUGGACGGAUGCCAUUCAUCUGCAGGUUGUGCGGCCGCAACUACGCGCGUGCCAGCAUCCUCCGCCACCACCGCUGCCCACGCUGGCGGCAUCGACUCGGUGACGCACGGCUCGAGCGGCCUCCCGCGGUGCUACCACCGCAGACAGACCUGCUCGGGCACGCCAAAGACAAGCCGUUCUCGUGCGACGCGUGCGGCAAGCGCUUCUCGAGCAACUCGAACUUGUGCAGCCACAGGCGCGUGCACACGGGCGAGAAGCCGUACCGCUGCCCGGUGUGCGACAAGUCGUUCUCGCAGAGCGGCACGCUGAAGAACCACAUGAACCACAUGGGCGAGAAGCCACACCGGUGCGACGUGUGCGACAAGCGCUUCACGCGCGUCUCUAACCUCAACGUGCAUCGGCGCGUGCACACGGGCGAGAGGCCGUACUGCUGCACGACGUGCGGGGAGGGCUUCUCGCAGGGCGCCAAGCUGAAGGCGCACAUGCUGACACACGGCACGGUGGGGUCGUCGGGAUCGGGGUCGGAGAGUGGAGUGGCUGCUGAGACUUGAGGCCAGGGCACCUUGCAGCGCUUCGGUGUGAACAGCAUGGGCUGUGUUGGGAAGACUCGCACUUGAAGAUGCGUGAAUGAGAGUGCUGAGGGUUAAUAAGGCUUAAAGUCGACCUAAGGGAGCCCAGGGCAAAUUGAAAUACCACUUGAUACAUAUGUUGCGCACCACAGCCAGGAAUAAAACCAAGCUCUCGAGAAACGUAACAUAAUUAGAGAACUAUUAAACCAUCUAACCUAUGAA